AUGGUGUUUCGGAAACCACCAGACGGCGGCUGGGGCUGGGUGAUUGUUGUCGUUUCCUUCUUUACCCAGUUCCUGUGUUACGGCUCACCGCUGGCGGUGGGAGUCUUGUACGUAGAAUGGCUGGAUGCUUUUGGAGAAGGGAAAGGCAAGACUGCUUGGGUUGGAUCACUAGCAAAUGGAAUUGGAUUGCUUGCCAGCCCUGUCUGCAGUAUAUGCGUAUCAUCUUUUGGAGCAAGACCAGUAGCAAUCUUCAGUGGCUUUAUGGUGGCUGGCGGCCUCAUGAUGAGCAGUUUUGCACCUAACAUAUACUUUCUAUAUAUUUCUUAUGGGAUUGUUGUUGGGCUUGGAUGUGGCCUUUUGUAUACUGCAACAGUCACCAUCACUUGCCAAUAUUUUGACAAACGCAGAGGCCUUGCACUUGGUCUGAUUUCAACAGGCUCAAGCGUUGGACUCUUUAUAUAUGCAGCAUUGCAAAGAGAACUUAUUGAUCUAUAUGGACUGGAUGGUUGUCUACUAAUAGUUGGUGCACUGUCUCUAAAUAUAUUAGCAUGUGGCAGUCUAAUGAGACCAUUGGAGUCAUCUGAUUCCACUCCGCCAGAGAAAACACGUGUAGACAAAGUCCCGGAUCAGUAUUCUGUUUACCAUGAGAAAGAAAAGACUGUUGAAGAAAAUAUAAGCAUCCUUGAAAAGGGCUACAUUGAUGAAAAAUGUGCAAACAACAUGCCUGAUUACAAACAAGAUAGCAUUUUAAAUAAGAAUGUAUUAAGCUCCAUAAAUGUAAAUGAGAAAGACACUUACAAAAAGAAAGUUGUAGAACAGACAAACUUCUGCAAGCAACUCGCCAAAAGGAAGUGGCAGCUCUACUUGAACUACUGGGAGGAAACCGUGGUUCUUUUUAAGAACAAAGUAUUUUCAGCUCUCUUUGUUGCCAUCUUGCUCUUUGAUAUUGGUGGAUUUCCUCCUUCUCUGCUGAUGGAAGAUGUAGCAAGAAGUGCAAACAUUAAUGAAGAUGACUAUCGUAUGCCCCUUAUUUCCAUUAUAGGCAUUAUGACUGCUAUUGGCAAACUUACUUUAGGAAUAUUGGCAGAUUUCAAGUGGGUUAACACUUUAUAUCUCUAUGUAACUACCUUACUAAUGACAGGAGCGGCCUUGUUUGCAAUUCCGUUUGCCAAAAGUUACCUUACGUUAGCGAUGCUUUCUGCCAUUUUGGGUUUUCUGACUGGGAACUGGUCCAUUUUUCCCUAUGUGACAACAAAGACUGUGGGAAUUGAGAAACUGACUCACGCGUAUGGGAUAUUGAUGUUCUUUGCUGGACUUGGAAAUAGCCUCGGGCCGCCAAUUGUAGGUUGGUUUUAUGACUGGACGCAGGAGUAUGACACUGCAUUCUAUUUCAGUGGCUUUUGUGUCUUGCUGGGUGGAUUUCUUCUGCUGUUGGCAGCGCUACCCUGCUGGAACGCCUGUACCAAUCAGAGCUCAAAGCUGCCUCCAAAUGCUUACUCCUACAAAGUUGCAUCUAGUGCUUAGGUGACAACUGGAAAACACUUUGUGCUUUUUUAUAUUAUGUAGCAAAGUAUUUUAGUAAUUUUUUUCAUAUUUAUGAAGCCCAAAAAUCCUCUUCCACUACACAAAUUCCAUUGUUGCUUGUUUUUCUGUUCAUUUUUCUUCUUUUAUUUCUUUUUUUAAAUUUUAUUUUUA